AAGCCAGGAGGCUUUUCGUUUGAAUUUUUUUCUUAUCACACAUGAACACGGACUGACUAAAGACUUGUGACUGUCGUCCACAAAGUCGUAGCGAUGAAUCGCGACGGUCAGGCGUUGCUUGAUGACCUAGGGCUGACACACCAGCACAUCACGUUCCUAGGUGACGUUCAGGUGAGAGACGAAGACGAAAUCGGCCGGGGAGCAGAUGCAGUGGUUUACAAGGUCAACUGGCAAGGUAUCGAUAUUGCUCUCAAAGUGUUACAUCCUGUGUUGGUUGAGCCAGGUGUUCAAGACAGAGAGCGUAAACUCAGAGCAUUUGGUCAAGAGGUGUUUCGUCUUAGUAGGACGCACCACCCGAAUUUAUGUCAACUGAUAGGACUAGCUCGGGUAAGAGGGAAUGCUGCGUUGGCCCUGGAGUUGUUGUCGGCGUCUCUAGAAGACGUUAGCAUCGGAGAUGGCAGAGAAGAUACUCCUAAGCUCGUGUCGUACCUCUGCGACGCAAGUGCAGGACUUCGCUACCUGCAUUCUUUCGGAAUCAUUCAUCGCGAUCUAGCGCCCAAGAAUGUGCUCGUGAAAAAUGGCACAGCCAAAGUCAGUGACUUUGGUGUUGCUAAAUUUGUGCGCUUGACUUCACCUCGACAACAACCGCACCAAGUCCGAUCGGCCAUGGAGAUGACUCGCUGCCCAGGUACACUGCCAUUUAUGGCACCUGAGGCUUUGAGCGAGGCUCCGGAUUACGAUCGUCCCUUAGACAUGUUUUCGCUGGGUGUAAUGAUGCUGAGCGUUCUAACAGGAGUUAUGCCUGGCAUGGACGUGGUUGCAGCGCCACAGUUCGUCGUCGUGCGAGAGCGGGGCCAAGAAGUUCAAGAAGUGAUUCCGGAGACGACACGCAGAGCACGCUACCUAGCACGUUUGCCGGAUGAACAUCCAUUGAAGCCAUUGAUACGCCGCUGCCUCUCUAACCGUCCCGGGGACCGACCGUCAGCCUAUGUGACAAGUGCUGUUUGCAUGAUUGUGUUGGAGAACUGUCGACUGGCUUUGCUGAUUGAGUUGUCUGAAUAUGACGAGAUCUCACUCAUUCUGUCCUCCUCAGAGUCCUCCAGAUCCAAUGAUUCUAAUGCGCUAGCAACAUCUUCACAAGCAUCAUCAUAUGCACAUAAAUCUAGUUGCACAACUUCUAACAAAUUACUUAGCUUUUGUUGAUAUUCGGAAACAGCG